CUGGUGUCACCACACCUCUGGAUUAGUUAUCCGAGCUCUCUGAGCAAGGCUCUCAGUAGAAACUCUAACGCUCUGUGAAGGAAAUCACUCUUGUGAAUGUGACAUACGCUCUGUCCAGUUCCCAUAUGCUGAGAUUAUACUUCCUCAUCAGUUUGUUGUGUUUGGUGAGAUCAGACACAGAUGAAAUAUGUCUUUCAUUCACCAAACUGAGCUUUCACAGUGCAGUGGUUGGUACAGGGCUAAAUGUGAAGUUGAUGCUCUACACAAGGAGAAACCCGACCUGUGCACAAGCAAUCAACUCCACAGUUUUUGGGAAUUUGAAUGUAACCAAGAAAACCACCUUCCUUGUCCAUGGAUUUAGGCCAACAGGCUCCCCUCCAGUUUGGAUUGGGGACUUGGUACAGGGUUUGCUCUCUGUAGAAGACAUAAAUGUGGUUGUUGUUGAUUGGAAUCGAGGAGCCACAACUGUAAUAUACAGCCAUGCCUCUAAUAAAACCAGGAAAGUAGCAAAAGUCUUGAAGGAAUUCAUCGACCAGAUGUUGGCAGAAGGAGCUUCUCUUGAUCACAUUUACAUGAUUGGAGUAAGUCUUGGAGCCCACAUAUCUGGAUUUGUUGGAAAGAUGUACAAUGGGAAGCUGGGGAGAAUUACAGGUCUUGACCCUGCGGGCCCUUUAUUCAAUGGGAAACCUCCAGAGGACAGAUUAGAUCUCAGUGAUGCACAAUUCGUUGACGUCAUCCAUUCCGACAUUGACGCACUGGGCUACAAGGAACCAUUAGGAAACAUAGACUUCUACCCAAAUGGAGGAUUGGAUCAGCCUGGUUGCCCCAAAACAAUAUUUGGAGGAAUGCAAUACUUUAAGUGUGACCACCAGAGGUCCGUGUACCUGUAUCUUUCUUCCCUGAGAGAGAGCUGCACUAUUACGGCAUAUCCCUGUGACUCCUACCGGGAUUAUAGGAAUGGCCAGUGUGCCACCUGCGGCAUGCCACAGAAGGAGUCCUGUCCCCUUGUGGGUUAUUAUGCUGAUAACUGGAAAGACUAUUUAAGGCAGAAAGACCCUCCUAUGACUAAGGCAUUCUUUGACACAGCUGAGGAGAAACCGUUCUGCAUAUAUCAUUACUUUGUGGAUAUCAUAACUUGGAAUAAGAAUAUAAGAAGAGGGUCCAUUACAAUCAAGUUGAGAGACAGAGCAGGAAACACCACAGAAUCUAAAAUCAACCAUGAACCCUCAACAUUUCAGAAAUACCACCAAGUGAGUCUGCUUGCAAGAUUUAAUCAAGAUCUGGAUAAAGUGGCAGCCAUUUCCUUGAUGUUCUCUACAGGAUCUGUAAUAGGCCCAAAGUACAAGCUCAGGAUUCUUCGAAUGAGGUUAAGGUCACUUACCCAUCCUGAGAGGCCCCAGUUGUGUCGGUAUGACCUUGUACUGAUGGAAAACGCUGAAACAGUCUUCCAACCUAUUCUUUGCCCAAAGUUGCAGAUGUAACUGUUGUCAGGUCACAUGGGCACAAGUAACAUCAAGAAAGCUACAACUACGGGCUUUUUUAAAGCUUCACCUCACCUUUUCCUCAAGAAACAGAAAGUACGGAAUAACCAGGGUUUUUCCAGUAGCGUUCUGUCGAUGUCACAUGGCAAAAUGUCAAAUGACCUUGGCUGAUAGAACAGUUCUGGGAAGGGAGCCCCUAAGUAGGGCAGGCGGGUCAGAGAUAGCCAGACUCCUGACAGCACGGCACCUGUGUCCUGGGGCCUCCUUCGUUCUGGCCGGCCGAUUCAGCUACCAUACUUGGGUCAUUCUGUCCAUGCCAGUGGCUAGUUGAACAUCUUGAAGGGAAGGACAGACUGGAGACCUCUGUGGUCUCAACCCCACAUUCCCUGUGCCAAAUUCCUCCAGGGCCCCUCCUGUAGAAGGGAAUGGAGACUGCCGUACCUCACAGGACUAUUGUGUGGGUUUGGGAGGCAAGGGUUCUUUGAAAUCCCAUGGGUGCUACAUCCAUGAGUGGUUUGAUAAAUGUGAAUGUGCUUUUAUUUAUUUCGACAUUAUCUAAUAUGCAAUAAGAGAACUUCUCUUUAUCAAAACCAGCCUCUCUCGGCCUGUUUGCUCUGAGAAGGCAGGAAAGCCAACGCCUGGCUUUCCUGCCUUCUCUAAAGUGUGGCUGGUACAGGGAGGAGGUGGGGACAGAUGGACAGCAGAGGGGGCAGCUGCUGGGGCUAGACAGUAAGUGGAUGAGGCAGGAAGGGCAGAUGGAGCCGUGGGGCAGCCUCACUCACAGGGACAAGGGAUGAAGUGAGAGGCAGAGAGGAAAAGCAGAGCUUGUUUCUCUUGUAAGGUGAAGAACAAUCACUUUACAGGCAACCCUCAUUUUACAUAAUCCUUAAGAGAUAUUUAUUUUUCCUUGUUAAUAAUUCAAUCCAUGAUUAUCGGAUGAAAGUUAGAAAAUGCAUAGAUGCAAAAUGAAAAUAUGCUUAUUCAUGAUUCCAGCUGAUGGAGGUAAUUAAUGUUGACUUUUUGGAAUGAUGCUAAAUAGCUUCUGUUGCUAACAUAUGAAUUCAAAAUAUAAACCAGUUUGUUCUUGGA